GCCUGCGCAGAAGGUGUCAGUGUAGGCAGCCGGAAUGUAAACACCGAGCAGCGGCUAAAUGACCGCAGCUAACGUCAGACCCUAAAACUGCAUCUUUAAUAUAAAGAGGAAACAGGAAUGAUAAACUAUUUCCACGCUGUAGAGUGUUUGUUUGAUUCAGCCGUUUAUUGUGAGAUUCUAGCUAUCAAGCAACAGUAUUAGCGUGCUUACAUUUUGAGACCAAGCUAUCCAGCUAGCUAGCUUAGCCUCGGUUGAUCGUUAAGUCAUGAACUCUCUGGUUGGCUACGGAGUGUCCUCGGAGUCUGACAGCGAGGGAGAGGAGGACGUAAACAACGGUGCAGUAGGGUCCGUAAAGAAGCUGUGUGAUGAAGCAUCCAGUGGCAGAAAAACCCGCAACUUCAUGCUGGAGUCUGGAUCAGCUUCCAGUGAAUCAGAACCAGAGGAAGACUAUCCUUCUUCAUCACCACACCCCCAGAAACCUGCACCUCCUCCAGCCUGCCAUCCCAGCCUGCCUGCUCCUUCCCUGGACUCCAUCACCUCCAAUAAGCUCCCUCCUCCUUCUCUGCACACCUGCUCUGGUAGCAGUGUGUUCACCAACCCUUUCAAGGCUCAGGCCGACCAGAAGCUCAGCGCCUUGCAGAAACAUGUCCCCCUCACAAUGCAGGCCAAACCCUCCCAGAUAGGAGGCAAAAGGAUGUGUGUGGCAUACAGGAAAAAUGGAAGGUGCAGGUUUGGGAUCAAAUGCAAGUUUGCUCAUGACAGUGACCUCCAGUCUCUCACUGAUUUACCUGUGAGUGAAGAGACGCCGGAUCAAGAAGAGGCCCUCGCAAGUGGCUCAGGAUCCCAGAAGGAGACAAAAGAGGAAGAGUCAGCAGGCCAGCAGGGGAAGAAGAGGAGGGUUGGACUGAGCAACACCUUGAUUCCUCCUAAACGAGCUAUGAAGCAGUACGCCAUACAGAGGAACAGAGAGCAGCUCCAUAUGUCGUGAUGGAGGUUUUCGGAGCUGGGCUGACAUAAAAGCAAUAAUACUGGGAUUAAAUAUAUUUUCGAAGUGUGUAUAUGUUGUAGGAAUUGUGCACUAUCUAUUUCUAGGACCCAUUAAUGACUCAGGCAUGCAUUUACAUUCAGUGGUGGUUACUACUUGCAUUCAAUAUUUACA